AUAUUUUCCAUUGUUUCCUAAGUUUAUGUAAACGAAUAUUUUGUGAAUUUUUCUAGCACAACCAUCUUUAUUUGGAAGCGCUCAGUCGCAGCAGAAACCAUUGUUUGGAAGCGCGUUUCCGCAGCAGGCCACUACCGCUGCGACGCCAUUUUUUGGUGGAGGGUUGUCGACCAAUGCUGGAGGCCUUUUUUCGUCACAGACCAAGCCAACCUGGUCGUUUGGCUCUACACCGAACACGCAAAGUAACUUUACUUUUGGCGGAGGCUCAUCGGUCCUUGGUAGUGGGACGACUCCCUUCUCCAUCAGCGGCGCGGAUGCGUCGGCAUUAGCGGGACAGGAGGCGUUGGUGCGGUCGCAGCUAUUGGCGAUGGCUACCUCGCCGUAUGGCCAAAGCCCUCUAUUAAAAAUCUUGAGCGAGAAGCGCGAUUCAUUUCCAAGCCCAACGGACAAAGCCGCUCAACAGUUGUUACUGAAUAAGCUAUCGAGUGACACCGCCCGCAGCCUAAAGCCUCUGCCACCCGUUAGAUCUAGUCCUCGUCUGCUUCUAUCCGUCUCGCCCAUGCGGACUGUUAAUGGAAUGUCACCGAAGCUGAACGACGUUGACGAAACCAAGUAUAGUUUCAGCGAGGGAUUCGUUCCGAAGAACAACGUUAAAAGGUUGGUGUUGAAACCAAGAGAAAGCGUCUUAUGCACGUCUUCGACCGAACGUCAUCAGUCGUCGUUGUUGAACGACAACGACGCCAUAACACUUGACGAUUUCGGAAAAUCAGGCGCGAAUUCCACGACUGCUCAUGGCCAUACAACGAAUCCAAGUUUUGGCGACUAUGAUGAUUUAUUUGAACCGACAGUGGAGCAGCAACCUUCCGAAGCCAGCGAAGACGGUGAUGUUCAGCUGAACGGUAGCGUAAUGGCCAGCCCAUUAGCAGUGACUACUGGCCGCCAUUCUGAGGUACGGGAUACAUCACAGCUAUUGGACGAGAGCAUGCGUACUGUGCAUGCAAAAAGUCGCUCUUCAAAAUCGGCCUCAGAGUCGAAGUACCACCACACAGUUCCUUCUGUUGACAGUGUCAGUAACGGCUACGACGACAACGAUUCUGACCAUUCGCAGCUUGAACCGUUAGUGAUUUGCACUCGUUCGGGUUACUACUGUCAGCCAUCAGUCGACGAACUACAAAAACUAGUGGAUGACGAAGGCAAUUGUUUCGUUGAAGGCUUCAAGAUUGGCAGACGUGAAUUUGGAUCUGUUUUGUGGAAAGACCGCUACCAUGAAGGGCAGGUGGCUAAGUUUUACGGAUACUUCGUCAAGGUCUUCAACCCUCAUCCUUUCUUAACCGUGCUUGGGACUGGCAACGGUGGAGUUGUAACAUACUUAAUUAAUUUCGAACACAAGGAAGUAACGGUUUAUCCAAACAAUAAGGACAAGCCGCCAGUCGGGGAGAGCCUGAACCGUCGAGCCGUGAUCACCCUUGAAAGGGUUUGGCCUAGCGAUCAAGCAACUCAUGAGCCAAUCAAAGAUAUUGGUCGACUAGAACGCAUGCACUUCUGGCAGAGGUUGAAAAAAGCAUCAUUGAAAAUGGGCGCGAAAUUUCUGGCAUAUGCGCCAGAUACUGGGUCAUGGAGUUUUGAGGUAGAGAUGGACAAAAACGCAGCUGGUGCUGUUAAACGGUUUUCACAGGAUGGAGUUAUGAUGCAUGUCGAUGAUACCGUGAAUGUUGAGGAAUGCUCCAGGUACAUUUCAUCGACGGUCCAAAAUGAGCAGAAGAGCGUGCACGCGAUUCAGAGUACGUUCUUCCGUACCGUCGAUGAAGAGAUGUCAGAAGACACGUCGAUGUCAAAGUCGAUGAGGACGGAAAAGUCGCGAUCUUUUGUCGCUCCAUCCACAUCGUUACCUCCGUAUUACGCUCGCCUAUCACCUUUGGAAUUUCGUGAUGAAUCAUUUCUGGACACUGCUGAUGCUGAGACGACCGCGGGGGUGCUCAGCAUUUUGCCUGGUCCAAAGCAUCGGCCGAAGUUGGUUAGACCGCGGAACGUAAUUCGGCUCUCUGCUUACCGGCGCUCCUUGGCGUUCGACCGAAUGCAUUCCAUGCUCGAUAUCGAUGUCUCGAACGUAGCCAAGUCAUUACGGGACACGACCGAGUCCCGUUCAUCAAACCUUCAAAUCCCCAGGGCAUGUUGGAUGACUUUAUACCUCUAUGCGCUUCAUAUGACCGUAGUGUCAGUUGCCGAAUUGUACGUAAGGCUUUUUCUCUUUGUGCUGCACUUUGGGGCCCAAUCAAAGGGUAAUUGUCUAAAAGACAUAUUCGAUUUGCUGUUGUCUCACAGAAUUGCGGAGGCUGCGGAAGUCGCUCAGCGUAACAACUACUGGCAUCUGUCGCUGAUCAUUUCACAGCUCGGCUACGCAUGUGAAGUUGCUGCACUUUGCAGCGCGCAGUUGAACAAGUGGCAACAGAUCAAGAAGUCAAAUGGCACUUGGCUGCAGCUGUUAGUGGACCUCGAGUGGACGCAGGUGUUUAGUUUCUUUGUAUGGUACUACCGCGGCGGAUCGUUGUGCAUCGGUGACGCUGUUUCCAAGUACGAAGCAAGUUGGCAGUCGCAGGACCCUUACACUCGUGUUGCGGCACCCCUUGCCAUAUCUUCGACCACCAGUAUCGUUCCCCUCUGUGGUAAGACCAAGUAUGAUGUCUGCUACCAUAUGUUAAAACUGUACACGAACCGAUAUCAUCCAUUGGAGCAACUGCUUUCAACGUUUGCAUGGACUACCGACCCAUCUGACUACCGUUUAAGCUUUUUGCUUUGGCGGUUAUUGUGCGCCAUGGAAUACAACCACACGUCACAUUUGUCGAAGGAGCUUAUGCUGUCGAAUUUCGCUUCCCAGCUGGACCAGAAUCACAUGUGGCCAUGGGCCGUUUUCGUAAUGAUGCACGUAGAGAAUAACGCUAUGCGCGCAUGGAACAUCCGAAGCAUUGUUAGCCGGCAUUGUGAUGACAAAGAAGGUGUACACUUCAUCAUCAAUACUUUGGGAGUCGCUAAUGGACUGGUUGCCGAGGCAAAGGCGGCGCGUUUCCACGCAAAGGGACUAUUCGUCGAAGAGACGUUCUGUCACUUGGAAGCCAACGAUUGGAUCGCUGCCCAUCGACUAUUUGUCAACCACACCGGCCCACUUUGUGUUGUAAAUGAUCGUUUGGACGAAUUGAAGAAGAUUACGAUGCUUUUGAAAGCACACAGCACAAACAUACGCGGAUGGAGUUUGCAGGGCGAGAUUUAUGAAAACUACUUGGAAACACUGAUUUCUUGGAAGAAAUAUGGCCACGAGCACCCUCUUGACAGGGAAAUGACCAGGCAUAAACUUGUCACUUUCGCAAAGAAGUUGUCUUCGAUGACGUGCAAAACUCCGCUGCAAAGACUAUGUCAAGGAGAAAUGGCCAUAAAGGUUGCAGAGUUAUUGCGAGAAAUCUUGGACGAUCAAGGUUAUUCGUCAGAAGCAGAAACAAUCAUUAGUUUACCGAUGCCUGAUGAUUGUGUGAUAGAGAAAAUGUUAGAGCUGACAGAAAUCGGCCAGGUGGAAAUAUGA